UUCUGUGAGAAGGAGCAAAGCUUUUUGGUUCCUGUUCGAGUACAUUUCCAGUAUCAGUGGGACUGGAUGAGAGACCUACUGUUGCAGUGCACUGGGUGUGGAGAGUGUAACAGCCAUACCGCCUGUUAAGAGGAAAUCACGGUGCGAAGGGGCUCUACAUGCGUUUGUGUGCGGCUGAAGCUUCGGCCAUGGAAAAACCUGAGGAAUCCCGCCCUGUGGAGAAACCAUGGAAGUGUGGUGACUGCGGGAAAGGCUUCUAUGUCCCAUCUGCCCUGGAAACUCAUCGGCGCAGUCACACCAGAGAGAGGCCCUUCAGCUGCCCUGAGUGUGGGAAGGGCUUUACCCAGGCCUCUGCCCUGCGGACUCACCAGCGGGUCCACACAGGGGAGAGGCCGUUCCCGUGUCCCGAGUGCGGGAAAGCCUUCAGCAAUUCCUUCAACCUUCAGACACACAGGCGACUCCACACUGGUGAGAGGCCGUUUUCUUGCUCCGAGUGCAAGAAGGCAUUCAGACAUUCCUCUGACCUGCUGACCCACUGGCGGGUCCACACGGGGGAGAGGCCCUACAGCUGCCCCGAGUGUGGGAAGGCCUUCAGGAAUUCCUCCCAUCUGCUGACUCACCAGUGGGUCCACACGGGGGAGAGGCCGUUCACCUGCCUCAAGUGCGGGAAGAGAUUUAGUCAGAUGAGCAACUUGUGGAAGCACCAGCGUCUCCACACUGGGGAGAAGCCCUUCAGCUGCCCCGAGUGCAGGAAAGCCUUCAGCAGUUCCACCACUCUGCUGACCCACCGGCGGAUCCAUAUGGGGGAGAGGCCAUUCCCCUGCAGAGAGUGCGGGAAUGCCUUCAGCAAUUCCUCCAUCCUGCUGAGACACCAGAGGGUUCAUACAGGAGAGUGGCCCUUCAGCUGCCCUGAGUGCAGGAAGGGGUUCAGCGAUUCCUCCAAUCUCCAGACCCACCAGCGGAUCCACACUGGGGAGAAGCCUUCGGCUGCACAGAGUGUGAGAAGGCCUUCAUCCGCUCCUCCCACCUGCAGAGGCACCAACGAGUUCAUGUCCCAUCGCAGGAUGAUUGAAGGAGACUGGGGAGAAGCCCUUCGGCUGCACAGAGUGUGA